AUGUCAUCAAGCCAAACAGGGCCUCCCUGCUCGCCAUCCACUGCUUUAUUGGGUAUAUCCGAACCAGUCAAUGGCAAUUUUUUAUACCGGUAUUCAACACUGUUAGCGAUCAAACUCCUUUGGCGCAUUCGACCCCGAAAUGGGAAUGUUCUCAUGUUGACGGACCGACUAUGCGUCAAGUACGAGAGCUAUAUUCAUUUAUCUGAGGUAUCAACAAUGCGGUUCAUAGCGCAACAUACAUCUAUCCCAGUACCAAAGGUUUUAUGUGCAUUUACUCAUUCUGGGCGGACGUACAUCGUGAUGGAAAGAAUUAAGGGUGACAUAAUUGGCAGUGGCUGGGUGGAACGAAGUGAGAAUUCAAAGGCGAAACUUCUUUCGCAAUUAACAGAAAGGGUCUGUGAGAUGCGGAAGCUUCAGCCCCCGGAAGGUACCAGGGUUGCAUCUGUUGAUGGCGGAUCACUUUUUGACUGUCGUGUUCCGGGCCCUUCCUUGCGCUUCGGCCCCUUUGAUAACCUCCAGGACUUCCAUCGGCAUUUACGCAUGGGUAUAGAAUUUGAUUCAAGACUUGGCCCUGAACCUCAAGAACUUAUCAAACAACAAAGCAAGUCUUGGCCUUUGGUGUUUACCCACGGCGAUCUCAGCAGCCUCAACAUUCUUGUUCGUGGAGAUGAUGUUGUUGGUAUUAUUGAUUGGGGAACUGCCGGGUGGUAUCCAUCAUAUUGGGAAUACACCACUGCCUACCAAGUCAACCCACAAAAGUCCUUUUGGGUCAAUGAGGUUGACAAGUUCCUACAACCAAUGCCCGGAGAGCUGGCGAUGGAGCGGAUCCGCUAA